AUGGCUCCCGCUCCUCCCCCCUUGGCGGAGCUGGAAGGUGCGCAGCUCUCAAUUCUUCGACGGAUAGAGGAGCUGGAGCGCCGUCUCUUGCCGGAGCAGCUCGCGUCCGUCUCGAUUUCAUCGCCUCGUUCCCGCGAUCGGGAUGUGGAUGGCGGCGGCGUCGCCGGGGAGAGUACGGUGGCCCGUCUCUCCGGCAUUCUUAGAACCCUUGGCGUCAGGGAGUUCGAGUUUAGGCGGGUCCCGGCGGAUUACUAUUGCAGGACCCUGGAAUACAGGAUGGAAUGCCUGGGUGCUCACUCGACUGAACACUUGUGCAAGAGCAUAGUCAUGGUAUUUUCCUCAAAUGGCUCUUCAUUUAGAUACUCAAGUGUUCCGAACUGGUUUUUUUGACAAAUACCAAUGCCAACUACUAUUGCAUCCCGAGAUUCCGCCGUCCAGAGGUGAAAUCUUUACUUUGGAAACUCUAAUUUGAGGAUCGUCCACUCCAUUCGCGAGGAAAUGGAUUCCCCGUUUUCGAUUCUAUGUAUUUAAGGAACUCUAUAUCUGAGUACGAGUAAGUGUGGAUACUGAAUGCGAUAGGCGAUGAGGCCAUGAGCGAGAGCAUUUCCACUGGGUUUCAGGGUCUGGUUUUCAUGGGAGAUGGAAGAUCAGUUCAUCGAUUUACGCUUGGCAUCUGAACUGUGAAGAAUCUAUUAUUAUUUGACGCAAUAUUUGACCUUCUCUCUGAUAAAUUUAGAACUGACGACGUUUAAUGUGCCUGCCCGUCCUCGUGCAUGAAGAUGCACUUCAGCCCUAUUUCUUUUCUCCACAAGCAUAAAUAUGUACUUCUCUCAUCACAUGUCCUGCGUCAAACAUUCAUCAAUUUUUCUCUCACCAACCGAACUGCUAUGACCCUAGGAGUAUAACAUUCUCAUCAGAACAGAGGUAUCUAUGCAUAUAUAUUUACAGGGAGAGAUUUGGCCCUCAAAUUCAGGGAGUAGGGCAACUUUUAUUGAGUUGUAGCAAAUGAGGGGUUGACACUGGUGUCUGGAAUUUCAUUAUAGGUGUGCAGGAGAAACUCUGUCUUAUGGGUUGAUUAUAAAUGGAUUCCAAGGAACUAUUCCCCUGUCGAGAGUAUGAUUGUUUGGGAAAUCUGUGAAGAAUAUCAGAAAAAGUGCUUGAAAGUAAUGGUUGUCCUCAUUGUAUAUGCCAUUGAUUGAAUGAGUGCAAUAGAUCAAGGCAGUUACACAAAGUUCAUUAGUAGAUGGCAUGGUCUGAUUCUGUCCCUCAGUAGAUGACCUAAACUUUCAUGGGAGAUUGACUGUUCUUCGACGUCUUUUACUUGAUCUAUAUUAUUUUUCCUUUUCAGGUAAAUACGCAAGCCCCUGCCAACAUUACUGAUUGCAGUGAUCGCAACAACUCCAAAUAUUAUGUUGUCGUCAUUCAGGUGCCUUUCUCUUUACUUUUCGCCGUUUUGUUGAGGUUUUACUCCAUGUUUUUCAUGUUCUUCAUGCUCUUGUUAGCGACCUCCUGCAGUACACAGCGAAGCUCAAUGCUGAGAAUAUUAAGAAUUACCUGUAUACCCUUAAUGGGGGGAAGAUACCAAAGAAGAAAUUCAACAGUAAGUUAUCUAUCUGCUGGUUCCUUUAACCCGGACUCAUCUUCCACAGAUGAAAAAAUGAUGCAACGUGAAACGUGUUCUUUAGCAUCUUCAUGAUGCUCUUCGAUUAAUAUGGUCUGAUCAAUCUUUAUGAAACUUGACAGAAUAUGGCGACAUAUUCUCUCUCUCUCUCUCUCUCUCUCUCUCUCUUGAAGAGUUAUUACUUUUGUUGAAGAGUUAUUCAUCGUUUGGUUGAUAUGUAGUGAGGCUUGCACCAGAGGAAGAAUCGAAAAAGCUGACAGGAUUUGUGCAUAAUGCGGUGACUUGCAUCGGCAUGGUCUCUGACAUACCAGUAAACUUCUACUUUGGUCCACCUCAUCAUUUCCUAUCGUACCUCCUGGCUUUUAUUAUUAUCAUUAUUCUGAUCAUUUUUAUGGAGCAAUUCAGAGCACCCACCCUUCCGGGCUGUUGGGCCGGACCGGGCCUCCUUUCUGUUCCAAGCUUCAUUCUUCAAGGCCCAACUCGUUGACUUUCCCUUCUUCUUGCGCCCGCUGCAGGUGAUCUUGGAUGAGGCCAUUGUGAAGCUGGAUCCCGAUUUCUUCUGGCUGGGAGGUGGAGAAGUUGACCUUAAGCUCGGGAUAAGAACCCCUCAAUUCAUAAGCGCCAUCAGACCCUUCGUGGUAAGCUGCAGCAUGUGA